CUGGACCUGGGCACCGCCAGCCGCCUGGGCACGGGACUGGGCGGGGGCGCUGACCUCGACCUAGGAGGCCCAGGAUCCUGGAGACGCCCGCGCCCUCAGGACCCUGCGGGUCGCACGCCCUCCCCAGCUUCUGCUGCUAGCCGCUCUUCAGCAGGGCGAGGUCAGGUGCCCCCUUCUUGCCUCUUUUCUCUGCUCUUCCUCCCCCACUCCUGUGCCCGCAGAGACUCCUGCCGCCCCCUCCCGCAGGGGUGUAGUAAGCUGCGGAGCUGACAGCAGCCCCGCAGCCACUCUGCCCAAAGUCUCCGGAAGCCGCACGAGCUCAGGCCGCCGCAGCCCCGGCGGACCCACUAUUGGACCUGAGGAGCCAGCCCUCCUCCCGCACUCAAACUUGGAGCACUUGACCUUUGGCUGUUGGAGGGGGCAGGCCUGCGGGUGGCUGGACAGCUGCGGAGCCGCGAGGGCAUCUUGCCUGGAGACCGUCGGCUGCACUCGCGGGCUCCUGGCUUUGCCUUUGGGAUCCCGAGGUGUCCACAUCAGACGCAUGUUGACUGAGACCUAGAGUCAUGGAUGUAUGCGUCCGUCUUGCCCUGUGGCUCCUCUGGGGACUCCUCUUGCACCAGGGUCAGAGCCUCAGCCAUAGUCACAGUGAGAAGGCGACAGGAACUAGCUCGGGGGUCAACUCUGAGGAGUCCACUGCAGCAGAGUUUUGCCGAAUUGACAAGCCCCUGUGUCACAGUGAGGAUGAGAAACUCAGCUUCGAGGCAGUUCGUAACAUCCACAAGCUGAUGGACGAUGAUGCCAAUGGUGAUGUGGAUGUGGAAGAAAGUGAUGAGUUCCUGAGGGAAGACCUCAAUUACCAUGACCCAACAGUGAAACACAGCACCUUCCAUGGUGAGGAUAAGCUCAUCAGCGUGGAGGACCUGUGGAAGGCAUGGAAGUCAUCAGAAGUAUACAAUUGGACUGUGGAUGAGGUGGUACAGUGGCUGAUCACAUAUGUGGAGCUGCCUCAGUAUGAGGAGACCUUCCGGAAGCUGCAGCUCAGUGGCCAUGCCAUGCCAAGGCUAGCUGUCACCAACACCACCAUGACAGGGACUGUGCUGAAGAUGACAGACCGGAGUCAUCGGCAGAAGCUGCAGUUGAAGGCCCUGGAUACAGUGCUCUUCGGGCCUCCUCUCUUGACCCGCCAUAAUCACCUCAAGGACUUCAUGCUGGUGGUGUCUAUCGUUAUUGGUGUGGGCGGCUGCUGGUUUGCCUAUAUCCAGAACCGUUACUCCAAGGAGCACAUGAAGAAGAUGAUGAAGGACUUGGAAGGGUUACACCGAGCUGAGCAGAGUCUGCAUGACCUUCAGGAAAGGCUGCACAAGGCCCAGGAGGAGCACCGCACAGUGGAGGUGGAGAAAGUCCAUCUGGAGAAGAAGCUGCGCGAUGAGAUCAACCUUGCUAAGCAGGAAGCCCAGCGGCUGAAGGAGCUGCGGGAGGGUACUGAGAAUGAGCGGAGCCGCCAAAAAUAUGCUGAGGAGGAGUUGGAGCAGGUUCGGGAGGCCUUGAGGAAAGCAGAGAAGGAGCUAGAAUCACACAGCUCAUGGUAUGCUCCAGAGGCCCUUCAGAAGUGGCUGCAGCUGACACAUGAGGUGGAGGUGCAAUAUUACAACAUCAAGAAGCAAAAUGCUGAGAAGCAGCUGCUGGUGGCCAAGGAGGGGGCUGAGAAGAUAAAAAAGAAGAGAAACACACUCUUUGGCACCUUCCAUGUGGCCCACAGCUCUUCCCUGGAUGAUGUAGAUCAUAAAAUUCUAACAGCUAAGCAAGCACUGAGCGAGGUGACAGCAGCAUUGCGGGAGCGCCUGCACCGCUGGCAACAGAUCGAGAUCCUCUGUGGCUUCCAGAUUGUCAAUAACCCUGGCAUCCACUCACUGGUGGCUGCCCUCAACAUAGACCCCAGCUGGAUGGGCAGUACACGCCCCAACCCUGCCCACUUCAUCAUGACUGACGACGUGGAUGACAUGGAUGAGGAGAUUGUGUCUCCCUUGUCCAUGCAGUCCCCUAGCCUGCAGAGCAGUGUUCGGCAGCGCCUGAUGGAGCCACAGCAUGGCCUGGGAUCUCAGAGGGAUUUGACCCAUUCCGAUUCGGAGUCCUCCCUCCACAUGAGUGACCGCCAGCGUGUGGCCCCCAAACCUCCUCAGAUGAGCCGUGCCGCAGACGAGGCUCUCAAUGCCAUGACUUCCAAUGGCAGCCAUCGGCUGAUCGAGGGGGUCCACCCAGGGUCUCUGAUGGAGAAACUGCCUGACAGCCCUGCCCUGGCCAAGGCAUUACUGGCGCUGAACCAUGGGCUGGACAAGGCCCACAGCCUAAUGGAGCUGAGCCCCUCAGCCCCACCUGGUGGCUCUCCACAUUUGGAUUCUUCCCGUUCUCACAGCCCCAGUUCCCCAGACCCAGACACGCCAUCUCCAGUUGGGGACAGCCGAGCCCUGCAAGCCAGCCGAAACACACGCAUUCCCCACCUGGCUGGCAAGAAGGCUGUGGCUGAGGAGGAUAAUGGCUCUAUUGGCGAGGAGACAGACUCCAGCCCAGGCCGGAAGAAGUUUCCCCUCAAAAUCUUUAAGAAGCCUCUUAAGAAGUAGGCAGGAUGGGGGUGGCAGUAAUGGGACAGCUUGUCCUUUCCUGGGUCUUCUGCCUCUCCUUCCCUCCCUCCCUUCAAGAUAACUGGUCCCAAGAGUGGGGCAUGGGAAGGGCUGGUCCAGGGGUCUGGGCACUGUAUAUACCUGCACUGUACAUCCUUGGGUCCUUCAUUAUUAUUUAUUAACUGACCACCAUGGCCUGCCUGCCCUGCCUCCCUCCCAACCAUGGGCUGCUGCUGUCACUCCCUUUCCACUUCAGUGCAUGUCUUAGUUGCUGUUCCCUCAGCUCCCAGCUCCACCUCUGGAGUUCAGCUUCUGUCUCUGCUGUCCCAGUUUUGAGGUUUGGUUUCUUGUUUCUGUCUCUUGCUUUCAGGCUCCUCCCUCCCACCACUCCCCAGCUUCCCCUAGCAGUUACAGGGAAGAUAGGAGGAGUAACUUCUGACAUGUUUGCCUCAGAUCCGUUCCACCCCACUCACAGUGGUUCUGUUUGCUCCAGACUGGGGCCAGGGCCUAAUCUUUGGGAUUUGUUCUUUGGUAUUGUUGUGGGUCAGAAGGAACCUCAUCCUAGAUCUCACUCAGGCUUCCAGGAGUCCAUGGGGGAGUGAAACCAAUUCUCAGAGAACAACCCACCAGAGACUUUUAAAGAGAGGCUUGGGGAUGGGUUGGAAGAGGCCUCUCUUCAUUGGAGCAUGAGUGGAUGCCAGAACUGUAGGUUAUAAGGCAGUCACUUUUUCUCUCUUCUCCCACCCACACCUGCCUCCCUCUUACCCCUGCUCCCCCACACUGCAGGAGGGUUUGUCUCUAAGAGGUGCUGCCCCAAAGCUCCCCAAGCAUCAAUACUCCUGGGGCUCAGGACAAGUGGCUCCCCUGGCCCGGGGAGCCACAGCCAUGAUACAGGGCUCUUAUGGAGCCCUGGAGUUGUUGGGCAAGGAUGUUGUCAUAUUUUUGAGCCAAAAGACAAACAAGUUAAAAGGAAAAAAAUCUCCUGAAUUUCCCAAGUGCCUAUGCUGCAUAUUCCCCUUGUUAGAUCCCAUUUUCAUGUUACUUUGUAGCCUUGGCCAGAGGCUCAAAAAGGACACAACCAGUUUGGGGAAGGGGUGGCUAAGGAAGAUGGUAUAGGUGAAGGUGGCUGUGUGACCACUUCCCCCCACCCUUCCCACCCUCUAUACAUCUCUCUCCCUUACCUGUUUUUGCUAUGGCUGCAAAGGUAUUUUCCCUCUGCCCCACUCCCUGCCAUGCCUUUAUCCUGGGAUCCUAUUUUGGGCCUAGGGUGGGUGCACCUGGGGCUGGUCUUAGGAGGGUGCUAGGUUGUAGACUGCCUUGUACCCCCUGGACACCCUCAAAUGGGGUUUUCUGUGUUAUUUCAUAAGACUCUUUGAAGUCCAAUAAAGCAUGUAGGAGAUUUUAACCCCU